AUGCGGGCGGUGCAGGCGGCGCUGGCGCUGGCGGUGUGCGCGGGCGGGGCUCUGCCCAUGGGCAGCGGGUCCGCCGCGUCGGGCGGUGGCGGCGGCGGCAGGGCGCUGUCGUCGACCAAGAACCAGACGGUCUUCGAAGCGCCCAACCCCCACGACGUGCAAGACGUGCAGCACGGCUGGUGGACCCUGUACCCUGAGCACUACGAGGCGUUCGCGGGCGCGGGCGCGGAGCUGCAUGGCGUGGAGCGGCUGCCGCAGAACCAGCCGUUCGUGGCCAAGGCCGUGACCUGCGCCUACGGCAUGUCCUCCAUGUUCGAGAACAUGGAAGACCUGCCGCUGGUGGAGGAAAUAGCGAAGCAGGUGGGCGAGCGCCGAGGCAAGGACGGGGUCACCGCAGCGUCCCUCGAAGAUAUGCGUGAUCUGAUGCUGCAUCUGGUGACGCACUACCACAAGAAGUACGCGGAACUGUUCCCGCUUGGUAUCGUUGAAAGCUCGACGCGGACGCUCAACUGGAUCGUCGACAUGAUGAAGAAAGGCUUGCAGCGGCAAGCGGACAAGAAGAAGAAAGCAGCUCCGCCCUGAACUUCUUCGUUCAUCUCCCUUGCGCUGGUUGCUUUCAUGAGAUAACGGCGACUGCAGAUUGACUCAAAAUGUCACAAUGUAACUUCACAAUUUAAAUUAACUAUAAGGAAAAAGGGGUUUAUACUUGAUAAUUGACGAUUUUGUGCAUUUGAGUGUAUUAAUUUUUUUGGGUUGAUUAAAAGUUAAUUAUAUUCAAUUAUUCAUUGCUUAAAAUUAAUACGAUGGUAAAUGUUUUACUCUGAAUUAUUAUUUCUUUGUGGAGCGUAUUAAUUGAGAACAUGAAACAAAAAUCAAACAGAUACUUGUUUACGUGAUAAAUUAUUAUCCAUUAUUCACGUUUCUCUUUUCUAUAAUCGUUUUCACAUAGUGGAUCUAGUCUAUUAAACACUGAACAACAUUGCUAGUAACAUUUCAGAAGCUGUAACAUAUUAUGUAGGCAAGGCAUUUAAUAACGGGAAAUAUGUAUCGAACGUAGUAUGUUUCUUUAGAAUUUCAAGCCAAGAAAUACUCACCGUCAGGACAAAGUGUCAACAAACUUGGUGUUCCGUGCUUAAAGGUCUGAUUAUGUGAUAUUUUUGCAAAGCAUAGCCCCAGAACAUAAUGGGAAAUUCAUGGCAAGACUGCGUUGAAAAUCGAGCUUCCGCAAUUAUUUAGAAUGUGACAAUCUCUUUCUUGGCGUCAACCGAAGUGAACGGUAAUCAUUUUAUAGAUUUAGGCUGGGAACAUUUUGAUGUUAGGAAACGGGAAACUUAUGUUAAUUGCGUGGUUUGUUUAUGUGUAGUAUAUAAUUUGUAAUUUGAGAUCAGCUUUCUUAGCUUGUGUUGUAAGUUGUGAUUUUGAGGAUUCAUGUAAAAUAGACUUCGGACGUGGGACAUUAAUCUAGAAUAGUUUUGUAACUGAGCAUACAUAUUGUUUUAAGUUAACUAAAAUGACAGGCAGUCGAUACUAGGCGCUUCAUUCGCGGUACAGGAAGGGAAAGUCGCGUUUGCGACUGGAUUAUUUGAAUAGAUCGGGUUAUAGAAUAUUAUUCUCAAACAGUUAGGGUUUUCGGGGAACCAUACAAAAAUUCUCCUGCUGCAAGAAUUUACGACGAUACGAGGAGCAUCUCGUGAUCAUCCCAUCGACAACAUACGGAUGGAAGAAGUCUUGAAGACAGGCGUGGAAGAUAUUUCCGUAAGCUUACCAACAUUUAUACAAGAAAUACCGUUCGGAAUUUGCGACCAUACAAAUUAAAGAGAAAUCAUAAACGACCUCAAAGAUCAUUAAUAGUAAAUCUGCAGAAUAAAUGUCAAUUUUUUAUUAUCAAAGUAAAAAGGCUGAUAAUUUGUAGAAGUUCCCAUCACAUUUAUUAAUAACAUAAUAAUGCAGCAGGACUUCCAGAAUUUGCGGCUUUGAAGAGUCGCAUGUCCACAUAUAAUAGUAAAAGAAGAAGUUUACGAGCUAUGUUGAACCCAUGUUUGGAAUGCCAAUGUAAUGUUAAAAUAGCAAAAUUAAUUAAUAUUAUAAUAUUCUUCUUCAACAUCAAGGAUUAGGCCUGAAGGCCCGUUAAUGUCAUCAAUCCAUCGAGUAUUUGGUCUUCCAACUCUUCUUCUGCCAUCCGGUACAUAAUUUGUUAUUUAUUUAGGUAAUCUGAUGUCGUUCAUCUUAACAAUAUGGUUGUACAAUUUCUGUUUCUGUUUUUCGACUCUGUCUAGGAGGUUAAAUAUAUUUAG